GAAAAGUGAUUACACAUUCUCUUAUGGACCUAGUUGCUCUCAGGUUUCUUUCUGGUUCUAGCGCACUCUCAAAGAAAUUUGAUGCCUACGAAUUGUUCACCUGUGAAUCCUGUGAUAUCUUGAAAACAAGAAAAUUGACUAUCUUGAUACAAUGGCAAUGAAUAUGAAGGAAAAAGAAAAGUACAUCGAGGAAUUCGAGUUUCCACAUUGCGAUGAGUCCUCGAAGUAUGAAAAAGUUGCCAAAAUUGGACAGGGAACUUUUGGAGAGGUAUUUAAGGCAAAGGAUAAAAAAACAAAUAAGAAGUUCGUUGCAAUGAAGAAAGUAUUAAUGGACAAUGAAAAGGAAGGAUUUCCUAUCACAGCUUUACGAGAAAUAAAAAUAUUACAAUUGCUGAAGCAUGAAAAUGUUGUCAAUCUUAUAGAGAUUUGUAGAACACGAGCAACUCAGUAUAAUCGAUAUCGGUCUACUUUUUACUUAGUGUUCGACUUUUGUGAACAUGACCUGGCUGGCUUAUUGUCGAACGUAAAUGUAAAAUUUAGUUUAGGAGAAAUUAAAAAAGUUAUGCAACAGUUAUUAAAUGGACUUUAUUAUAUACAUAGCAAUAAGAUUUUACACAGAGACAUGAAGGCUGCUAAUGUUUUAAUAACAAAAAAUGGUGUACUGAAGUUAGCCGACUUCGGCUUGGCACGAGCAUUUAGCGCAAAAACUGGACACAGUAACCGAUACACAAACAGAGUUGUUACAUUGUGGUACAGGCCACCCGAACUUUUACUUGGUGACAGAAAUUACGGACCACCUGUGGAUUUAUGGGGAGCCGGAUGUAUUAUGGCCGAGAUGUGGACAAGAUCUCCAAUAAUGCAAGGAAAUACCGAACAGCAACAACUAAUUCUGAUUUCACAACUUUGCGGUUCAAUAACCCCGGAGGUGUGGCCUGGAGUAGAAAACUUGGAUUUAUACAAUAAAAUGGAUCUUCCAAAAGGCCAAAAGAGAAAGGUCAAGGAUAGGUUGAAACCAUAUUUGAAGGAUCCUUACGCCUGCGAUUUGCUAGACAAGCUUCUUAUUCUUGAUCCCAGUAAAAGAUGUGAUUCGGAUUCGGCGCUUAAUCACGAUUUCUUUUGGACUGAUCCCAUGCCGUGCGAUCUCAGCAAGAUGUUAGCGCAACAUACUCAGAGUAUGUUCGAAUAUUUGGCACCACCAAGACGACCCGGUCAUAUACGUCAUCCACAUCAUCAAGUCACUGGUGGACCUUCCAAAUCUAGUUCUACUAUGGCUGACAGUGGAUACCAAGAUAGGGUCUUUUAGCGUACUUUAGUUUCUUUUGUUUUUUUUUUGGUGAGAACCAAAUUGAAUUUCGUAUCUGUUUUAUUUUAUAUUAAAACAAGAUGAAUACUCCUCAUAGGGUUAUUUAAAACCCUAAGAAGUUUUUGCUUGUAAAAUCUCGCUAAUUUGAAUCUCGAUCGUUCAAACACUUUUACUUUUAAAUUUUGGAAAAGUGAUUUUUAUAUUUUGAGAAUUUUGUUUUUCUAUACAAACUCGAACUUUGACUAAUACAAAUUUCGAUUUAUGACUCGAAGUAUAGUCUGCAAAAAUCCACUUCUAAGCGAAGCUUCUUUUGCAAGCGAGAUUUUUAUAUCAAUGUGUUCUCUCUGUCUAAAUUGUAACGUACGCGUGUUGUGUGCACAGUCAAAAUCAUUAGACUUUAUUUUAUCUUCCAUAACUCGAAUUAUUUCUUGCCCUUUGAGAUGCAAGUUAGUGAAGUUUGACUAUAUAUUACACACAUACGUAUUGCUGUCGAAAUGUAUGUUCUGCUCGACAAUUGUUAAUCUUUCCUUCGUCAUUUAUAUGGAAGGAGUAUUUCACAAUACACAUUAUUUAAACAAUUGUUGCGAAAAAAAGCCAAAAAUACAAAAACUUGUAUGUAUACUCUUAACAUAAAUCUGUUAAAUAGUUUUUUUUACAUAUGUGCGU